AUGCGGCAGGACAAGCUGACCAGCUCUCUGAGGCGCGGGGGAAGAUGCCUGAAGCGGCAGGGUGGCGGCGGCGUGGGCACCAUCCUGAGCAAUGUGCUCAAGAAGCGCAGCUGCAUUUCCCGGACCGCGCCCCGGCUGCUCUGCACCCUGGAGCCGGGAGUUGAUACAAAGUUGAAGUUCACUCUUGAGCCGUCUUUAGGUCAAAAUGGUUUUCAGCAGUGGUAUGACGCUCUCAAGGCAGUUGCCAGAUUAUCCACAGGAAUACCAAAGGAAUGGAGGAGAAAGGUUUGGUUGACCUUGGCAGAUCAUUAUUUGCACAGUAUAGCCAUUGACUGGGACAAAACUAUGCGCUUCACUUUCAAUGAAAGGAGUAAUCCUGAUGAUGACUCGAUGGGAAUUCAGAUAGUCAAGGACCUUCACCGCACAGGCUGUAGUUCCUACUGUGGCCAGGAGGCUGAGCAGGACAGGGUUGUGUUGAAGCGGGUGCUGCUGGCCUAUGCUCGAUGGAACAAAAAUGUUGGGUACUGUCAGGGCUUUAACAUCUUGGCGGCACUAAUUCUGGAAGUGAUGGAAGGCAAUGAAGGGGAUGCCCUGAAAAUUAUGAUUUACCUUAUUGAUAAAGUACUUCCUGAAAGCUAUUUUGUCAAUAAUCUCCGGGCAUUGUCUGUGGAUAUGGCUGUCUUCAGAGACCUCUUGAGAAUGAAGCUCCCUGAAUUAUCUCAGCACCUGGAUACUCUUCAGAAAACUGCAAACAAAGAGAGUGGAGGUGGAUAUGAGCCCCCACUCACGAAUGUCUUCACGAUGCAGUGGUUUCUGACUCUCUUUGCCACGUGCCUCCCUAAUCAUACAGUUUUAAAGAUCUGGGAUUCGGUCUUCUUUGAAGGUUCAGAAAUCAUCCUAAGGGUGUCGCUGGCUAUCUGGGCAAAGUUGGGAGAGCAGAUAGAAUGUUGUGAAACAGCAGAUGAAUUCUAUAGCACCAUGGGGCGCCUUACCCAGGAGAUGCUAGAGAAUGAUCUUCUGCAAAGCCAUGAGCUCAUGCAGACCGUUUAUUCUAUGGCACCAUUCCCUUUCCCACAAUUGGCAGAGUUGAGGGAAAAAUAUACCUACAACAUUACACCAUUCCCAGCCACGGUUAAAUCCACCUCAGUUUCUGGACGACAUGGUAAGAUCAGAGACAGUGAUGAAGAGAAUGACCUGGAUGAUGAAGAUGCUAUUGUUAAUGCAGUGGGGUGUCUUGGACCUUUCAGUGGGCUCCUGGCACCUGAACUGCAGAAGUACCAAAAGCAAAUUAAAGAGCCAAAUGAGGAGCAGAGUCUGAGAUCUAAUAACAUUGCAGAGCUGAGCCCAGGAGCAAUCAAUUCCUGUCGAAGCGAGUACCAUGCAGCUUUUAACAGCAUGAUGAUGGAACGCAUGACCACAGAUAUCAAUGCACUGAAGCGGCAGUACUCUCGAAUUAAAAAGAAGCAACAGCAGCAGGUUCAUCAGGUGUACAUCAGGGCAGACAAAGGGCCAGUGACCAGCAUUCUCCCGUCUCAGGUAAACAAUUCUCCAGUUAUAAACCACCUUCUUUUAGGAAAGAAGAUGAAAAUGACAAACAGAGCUGCCAAGAAUGCUGUCAUCCACAUCCCUGGUCACACAGGAGGCAAAAUAUCUCCUGUCCCCUAUGAAGACCUUAAGACGAAGCUCAACUCUCCUUGGCGAACUCAUAUCCGAGUCCACAAAAAGAACAUGCCAAGGACCAAGAGUCAUCUGGGCUGUGGGGACACAAUAGGGCUGAUAGAAGAGCAGAAUGAGGCCUGCAAGACCAACAACCUGGGGGCGGCAGAGGCGCUUUCCUCUAGUUGUGCAGCGACAGCGCAAAGAGAAGGCAGCGGCUCCGAGGGCAGCCCUGGCAGGACCAUCGAGGGGCAGUCUCCAGAGCCGGUGUUCGGAGAUGCUGACGUGGACGUGUCUGCAGUCCAGGCGAAGUUGGAGGCCUUGGAACUGAACCAGAGGGCUGCUGCUACUGAAAUGGAGCCCAAGGCACACCCACCCCGCCAGCAGCACUUCCCAGAGCCACCUGAUGCACCCGGAGAAAACAAAGCCACCAGCAAAGCUCCCCAAGGCAGCAACUCAAAAACCAUCUUUAGCCCUUUUCCCAGUGUCAAGCCACUGCGGAAGUCAGCCACCGCCAGGAAUUUGGGAUUAUAUGGACCUACAGAAAGAACCCCCACCAUGCACUUUCCUCAGAUGAGCCGGAGCUUCAGCAAAUCCGGCGGUGGGAACAGUGGCACUAAGAAACGAUGA